AAACAUGGAAAAUGUCAUAUUAAGCAGAAUGGUGGGUUCCUCAGCCUCCUCACCUUUAAUAAUUUAGCUACUCCUUUCCUCAAUCUCACAAGAACUCUCAAUAUUCUUCUUCUAUUUCCAUUACAAACCCCACAAAUUUUCUUCUUCUUUAUUUUUUCCUAAAUCAAAAUUAUAUUGCAACCUCUCUUUUUAUUAUUUCGAAACUCAAGCAAUAAAGGUUUUCCAUAGCUACUUGGAUCAUCCACUAGCUCUUGUCUGAAUUGGUAAACAAGAAAGAGAAGAAGAAGAAGACGAAGACUAAUGAAAUGGGUCUUUGUUUUUCAUCCGAUUCUUCUUCCUCUCCUUCCAAACCAGGUCUCCACAGUCAUGCCUCGACGAACAACCACAGUAAUGGAACAGAGUUCUUGUCGUCAACGCCCACCACCGCCGCGACAACAAGCAGUACCAUCGGACGGCGGAGCCAAUUCUCCGAGGCUGCUAGCGAGAGUUCCGUUGGGAUUAUGGGUGAUUCUGGUCAAAUCUUGGAAUCGCCAAAUCUCAAAGUCUAUAGCUUUCUGGAACUAACGACGGCGACCAAGAAUUUCAAACCGGAUUCGAUGUUGGGUCAAGGAGGUUUCGGGAAAGUUUACAGAGGUUGGAUCGAUGCCAAGACUCUUGCUCCGUCUAAAGCCGGUUCCGGUAUGAUCGUCGCCGUCAAGAGAUUGAAUUCCGAGAGUGUUCAAGGAUUUGCAGAGUGGCGUGGCUCUAGAGGAACUUUUAAUAAUCUUUUAACACCGAGCUAUAUAAAUGGGAACGAGCCUUUUCCUUGGGACCUAAGGAUCAAAAUUGUCCUCGGUGCAGCUCGAGGCCUUGCGUUUCUACACGGCUCACAAAGAGAAGUCAUUUAUAGAGACUUCAAAGCCUCCAAUGUACUUCUCGACUCGAACUAUGAAGCAAAGCUUUCAGAUUUUGGAUUAGCAAAGCUUGGGCCAUCACAAGAGAAGUCACACGUUACGACUAGAAUCAUGGGCACAUAUGGUUAUGCUGCUCCUGAAUAUAUGGCAACAGGCCAUUUAUACGUUAAGAGUGAUGUAUACGCCUUUGGAGUGGUCUUAUUAGAAGUGAUGACAGGUCUUAGAGCGCACAACCCAAAACGGCCCAACGGACAAGAGAGUCUAGUAGACUGGUUAAGACCAGAGCUUUCAAGCAAACAAAAAGUGAAAUAUAUCAUGGACAAAGGAAUCAAAGGUCAAUACACAUCGAAAGUCGCAGCGGAAAUGGGACGAAUCACUCUUUCUUGUAUUGAACCAGAUCCUAAAAACCGACCGCACAUGAAGGAAGUAGUCGACGUACUCGAACAUCUCCAACGCAUAAAUGUCGUCCCGAACCGUUCGGUAACUAAAACUGCUGUUGCUAGCUCUUCUCAUUCCUCGCCACGUCAGUACGGUUACAGAGCUGGUACGGCUGGCGCUGAACGGAGGAGGCGAUCGCCUGGACGGUUUGGAGUAGAGAAAGACUUGGUUGCUUAAUAUUCUUCUUUCUUUACGGCUGUACGAUUUGUUUUUGUCAUUUUCAUAAAAUUCUAUUUUCAAAUUAGAGAUUUCGCACGUGCGUCAUUGUAUAAAUUUUUGCCGUUACUAAAUCGUUGUUACGAAAGGAAAAUUGAUUGAAAUGGAAUAUAAACAAAAUUUUGUAACAUAAAAAUUUUAAAAAUGUCGUAAAAGUAGCUUGAUCACAAU